AUGGGGCCCCCUCAGGCCCCGCAGGAGAUUUUCGGCCUCACCACCACGACCUUUAGAGACGUGGAUGAGGCUCAGAGAGGGCGAGAAGCUUGCCCAAGGCUGCACAGCCAGAGACGGGUUCUAAAUGAAACUGACGCUGCCUGCGGAUGCGACUUCCUCUUCCUACAGAGAGCUCUGAGCCCUCAGGCACUACGGAGCAAGCUCGUGGUCGCCGGGAGGGGGUACUCCUGCCGGUGUUUACUGCCCCAGCCGGGGACACGCGGCGGCGCUAGCCCGCAUGACUGGUCCGCUCGUCCCAAGAGGAGGCAGAGCGAAGACUCGAGGCGGUGCCCGUUAGGGACGCGCUGCCCGGGGCUUAUGGGCUUUUUCUUGGGGACUGUACCCGCCGGGCUGGGGAGCGGAAAGGCUCGGGGAUUUUGCACACUGCAAGGAACUGUUGGGUUUAAACUAAAAAUACCCGCCCGCCCGCAGCUGUCACUCCAGGGCCCCCGCCCCCGGCGCGCCUCCCCAGGUCCCCUUGACUUUCGGCGACUCCGAUCCCCAGGGGACGUGCCAGGGCUGGGCGGGGGACUGAGGACCCGACCCUCCCAGCCCCCGGCCCGGCCACCCAGCCCCGGCACCCAGCCCCGAGCCACUUACCCGGCCGGGAGCGUGCGGGAGCGCGGCGCCGCGGGCAGUGCUGGCCGAGCCGCCCUCCUCCUCCCUGCGUCCCGGGCGGCUCCGGAGCGGGGCGGGGCCGGGGCGGGGCCCGGACACUCGCCCCCGCCCCGCCCAGUCCCCUCCGGACCCGCCGCGGGAGCCGCCCCGGGCCCCGCCACCUCGGCGGGUGGGAGAAGGACGAUCCUGGCUCUGCCCUCUUGGCAAAGGGCCGAGGAGCCCGGCCUCAGCCCGGUGGGCACCCCAUCGCGGACCCCCUCCCCCGGGGCAGGGGGGGAGCGCUGUCGUGGGGGCUCCGCACCCUCACCCCUGUCACCCCUGGCCCCGGGCCCACAACUGCCCUCUCCGCUCAGUAGCUUCCCCGAGCCUCGGCACCCCCCCCGCGCCUGCCUCGGCCCGGGUCUCAUCCUCGGGGAUGGCACGGAGCUGCCUCUACUCAGGGGGAAGUUGGAUCUGGGGAGUUCCUCUGUGUGUCCCGCCUUGGGGAGGGGGCUAGGGGCCUGGAGGGUCUUGCCCUCUCAGAGCCCAAGUGGGGACAAAAGAAGGGGCACCCUUCCCGGAGGCGCGAAAUCCAAGGAGGAAGUGACACCUAUCAGCCAGCCUGAGAGUGGAGGCGCCCCAUCCGGCCCCUCCCACCCCACAGUCCCCGGAGCCACCACGCAAGGCAUCUUCAGGCCCCAGGCUCGGAUGGGAGAUCCCCAGGAUGCCAAGCGGAGGACAUGGGGGCGGAGGCCCAUUCAGGCCUUGGACUACCCGCCACCACAGCGCUGAGCUUUGCCCGCGUAAUUACAGGUUUGCAUGAUCGGUUCCGCCUCCUUUGGAUGGGGCUGGGAGCCUCACGAAGGCUACAACUUGCAGAACUCUGUACCACGUGGACUCCGCUCUUCACAAUUUAGCUGUGGUUACGCCCAUUUUGCAGAUAAGGAGUGAAGUAGCUGCUCCAAAUCUCCAGCAACCCGGAGGGUGCUUUCCUCUUUGGUUCCUUAGUGAGGCUGGCAGUUUGAUGAAUAAAUCAGCAUAGAAAUUAGUGUCCAAAGAGAGAUUAAAUUAGGAGUGCCUGUUGUGGCGCAGUGGAAACGAAUCUGGCUAGUAUCCAAGAGGAUGGCCCUGGCCUUGCUCAUUGCAUGAACUGUGGUGUGGGCGGCAGAC